CAAAACACUUGACGUUAUGACGUUACCACAUUCUCUGACGUUACGUAGGAUACGUUCAGCGUGUGGAGAAAGUUCAUCCAGUGCUGCGACGGAAGCUAUUAAAAUGUACCGCCCCAAGCCCACGUUGAAAGACCGACAACAUCUUUACAAGUUAAUCAUCAGCCAGUUAUUAUAUGAUGGGUACACCAACAUAGCCAACAGUCUUAUCAACGAAGUCAAGCCCGCCAACGUUGUCUCUCCCUCCGAACAGCUCAUGCAGCUCGCUAAAAUAGGGAUGGAAAACGAUGACAGUGCAGUGCAGUACGCCAUCGGACGCUCGGAUACCGUGGCUCCAGGAGUGGGUAUCGAUUUGGAGUUUGACGCAGAUGUACAAACCAUGUCCCCCGAAGCGUCCGAGUACGAGACGUGCUACGUGACCUCGCACAAGGGCCCUUGCCGAGUGGCCACGUACAGCCGAGAUGGGCAGUUGAUCGCCACUGGGUCUGCCGACGCCUCAAUCAAGAUCCUGGACACAGAACGGAUGCUGGCCAAGAGUGCCAUGCCGAUAGAAGUGAUGAUGAACGAGACAGCACAGCAGAACAUGGAGAACCACCCGGUCAUCCGGACCCUCUACGACCAUGUGGACGAGGUCACGUGCCUAGCCUUCCACCCCACGGAACAGAUCCUGGCAUCGGGCUCGCGGGACUACACACUCAAGCUGUUCGACUACUCUAAACCAUCAGCCAAAAGAGCCUUCAAACACAUACAGGAAGCAGAGAUGCUGCGCUCGAUCUCCUUCCACCCGUCGGGCGACUUCCUGCUGGUGGGCACGCAGCACCCAACGCUGCGCCUGUACGACGUCAACACCUUCCAGUGCUUCGUCUCGUGCAACCCGCUGGACCAGCACACGGACACCAUCUGCAGCGUCAGCUACAACCCCACCGCCAACAGUUACGUCACCUGCAGCAAGGAUGGCAGCAUCAAGCUGUGGGACGGCGUGUCAAACCGCUGCGUGGCCACCUUCGACAAGGCACACGACGGCGCAGAGGUCUGCUCGGCCAUCUUCUCCAAGAACUCCAAGUACAUCCUUUCCAGCGGGAAGGACUCUGUGGCCAAGCUGUGGGAGAUCUCCACUGGACGCACGCUGGUCAAGUACACAGGUGCGGGUUUGAGCGGGCGUCAGAUGCACCGCACGCAGGGUGUGUUCAAUCACACAGAGGACUACGUGCUGCUGCCGGACGAGCGCACCAUCAGCCUGUGCUGCUGGGACUCGCGCACGGCCGAGAGGAAGAACCUGCUCUCGCUUGGACACAACAACAUUGUGCGCUGCAUCGUCCACUCGCCCACCAACCCCGGCUUCAUGACCUGCAGCGAUGACUUCCGUGCGCGCUUCUGGUACCGCCGCACCACCACCGACUGAAGAGGAGGAGGAAGAGCAGGAAGGGAACAAGAGAAGGACAUCAACAUCACAAACUGUCAGCCAAUACAGUUCAUAUCCAGUCA